AGGAUCUGUGAGCCGGAUGGAGCCGGAGUUACAAGCAGCGGUCUACGUGGUGAAGCAGAAAGCAAGCUGAACUGAACGCGCCGAGUGACAUUAGCCGCGUCGACAUAGACCCCUCAGGCAGCCCCGGCGUUUUGAAUAGCAUCAGAGGCAGCCUCGACGACUGCAGCUGCUUCAGGGACUGUGAGCUGCGGCGGUAGAGCCCGCUACAGCAAACGCAGUCUCGGUGGAGCUGGCGAAAACCUUUUCUCUUUCUAACUUACCACCUCAUUCUACUGUAGAGGCUUCGGUCACUGGUUUUCUGUGGCUUGAUACAGAGAACCAUCACAAUUGUGCCUGGAAUGGACUUGUUGUCUGGGACGUAUAUAUUUGCAGUUCUUUUAGCAUGUGUCGUAUUUCAGUCUGGCGCCCAGGAGAAAAACUACACUGUCCGAGAAGAAAUACCAGAAAACGUUCUGAUAGGCGACUUGCUGAAAGACCUCAACUUGUCACUGGUUCCAGACAAGACCUUAACAUCCCCUAUGCAGUUUAAGCUAGUGUACAAGACUGGUGAUGCACCUCUGAUUCGAAUUGAAGAAGGUACUGGUGAGAUCUUUACUGCUGGAACUCGCAUUGAUCGUGAGAAAUUGUGUUCUGGUAUUGUGGUGGAAACCCGUUGCUUUUAUGAAGUGGAAGUUGCCGUUUUGCCAGAUGAAAUAUUUAGACUGGUUAAGAUACGUUUUCUGAUAGAAGACAUAAAUGAUAAUGCACCAUUAUUCCCAGCAACAGUUAUCAACAUAUCAAUUCCAGAGAACUCGGCUAUAAACUCUCGAUAUGCUCUCCCGGCAGCCAUUGAUCCUGACAUAGGAAUAAAUGGAGUUCAAAACUACCAGUUAAUUAAGGGUCAAAGUAUUUUUGGGCUUGAUAUCAUUGAAACACCAGAAGGAGACAAGAUGCCACAGCUGAUUGUUCAAAAGGAGUUAGAUAGGGAAGAGAAGGAUACAUAUAUAAUGAAAGUAAAGGUUGAAGAUGGUGGCUUUCCUCAAAGAUCCAGUACGGCUAUUUUGCAAAUAAGUGUUGCAGACACAAAUGACAAUAGCCCAGUCUUCAAGGAGAAUGGGAUUGAAGUCAACAUACCAGAAAAUGCUCCUGUAGGUACUUCAGUGACACAACUCCAUGCCACAGAUGCUGACAUAGGUGAAAAUGCCAAGAUUCAUUUCUAUUUUAGCAAUCUAGUCUCCAACAUUGCCAAGAGGCUAUUUCACCUCAACACCACCACAGGACUUAUCACAAUCAAACAACAACUAGAUAGGGAGGAAUCACCGAACCACAAGUUACUGGUUUUGGCAAGUGAUGGUGGAUCGAUGCCAGCAAGAGCAAUGGUUCUAGUAAAUGUUACAGAUAUCAAUGAUAAUGCCCCAUCAAUUGACAUAAGAUACAUCAUUAAUCCAAUAAAUGGCACUGUGUUUCUUUCAGAAAAUGCUCCAGUCAAUACCAAAAUUGCUCUGAUAACUGUGACAGAUAAAGAUGCUGACCAUAAUGGCAUGGUGACAUGCUUCACAGAUCAUGAAGUUCCUUUCAGAUUAAGGCCAGUAUUCAGUAAUCAAUUCCUCCUAGAGACUGCUGCAUAUCUUGAUUAUGAAUCCAUAAGAGAAUAUGCCAUUAAAUUACUAGCUGCAGAUGCUGGAAAACCUCCUUUGAAUCAAUCAUCUAUGCUCCUUGUCAAAGUGAAAGAUGAAAAUGACAAUGCUCCUGUUUUCACCCAGCCUUUCAUAAGUCUUUCUCUUCCUGAGAAUAACUCUCCUGGCACCAAGUUGACAAAAAUAAGUGCAACAGAUGCAGACAGUGGGUACAACGCUGAGAUCAAUUAUCUGCUUGAUGUUGAUGCUCCAUCUGAAUUCAGUCUGGAUCAUCAUACAGGCAUUCUGACCGCAGUGAGGAAACUGGAUAGAGAAAAACAGGAAAAAUAUUCCUUCACAGUUCUAGCAAAAGAUAAUGGGAUGCCACCCUUAAUAACCAAUGCCACAGUUUCAGUGACCAUUCUUGAUCAGAAUGACAACAGUCCAAUUUUUACUCACAAUGAGUACAACUUCUAUGUACCAGAAAACCUUCCAAGACAUGGUACAGUAGGACUGAUCACUGUAACUGAUCCAGAUUAUGGAGAAAAUUCUGUAGUCACUCUCUCCAUUUUAGAUAUGAAUGAUCACUUCACCAUUGAUCCACAGACUGGUGUCAUCCAACCAAAUAUUUCAUUUGACAGAGAAAAACAAGAAUCUUAUACUUUCUAUGUAAAGGCUGAGGAUGGAGGUAAGAUACCACAUUCUUCAACUUCCAAAGUGACCAUAAAUGUGGUUGAUGUCAAUGACAACAAACCAGUUUUCAUUGUCCCUUCUUCCAACAACUCCUAUGAAUUGGUUCUACCAUCCGCUAAUCCAGGCACAGUGGUCUUCACCGUACUUGCUGUUGACAAUGAUACCGGCAUGAAUGCAAAGCUUCGUUACAGCAUUGUAGGAGGAAACACAAAAGGUCUGUUUAUAAUCGACCAAACAACAGGCAACAUCACACUAAAGGAGAAAUGUGUUGUUACAGACCUUGGUUUAUACAGACUGAUAGUUAAAGCUAAGGACUUGGGACAACCUGAAUCUCUCUUCAGUGUUGUUAUUGUUAAUCUAUUUGUGAAUGAAUCAGUGACCAAUGCUACAUGGAUUCAUGAAUUGGUACACAACAUUGAAACACCAGUGACCCCAAAUAUUGAGACAACUGAUGCAUCCUCACCAACCAGUGACUAUGUCAAGAUCAUGGUUGCUAUUAUUGCUGGCACCAUAACUGUCAUCCUUGUUAUUUUCAUUACUGCAGUAGUACGAUGCCACCAGUCACCACACCUUAAGGCUUCUCAGAAAAACAAGCAGAAUUCUGAAUGGGUUACUCCAAACCCAGAAAAUAGACAGAUGGUAAUGAUGAUGAUGAAAAAGAAGAAGAAGAAAAAGAAGAAGAAGCAUGCCCUUAAGAACUUACUGCUUAACUUUGUCACUAUUGAAGAAAUUAAGGCAGAUGAUGUUGACAAUGAUGGAAACAGUGUCACACUAGGCCUACCCAUUGAGCUGGAAGAACAAACCAUGGGCAAGAACAACUGGGGCACUAUACCUACUACCUUCAAACCUGACAGCCCUGACUUGGCCAGGCACUACAAAUCUGCCUCUCCACAGCCUGCCUUCCAGAUUUACCCUGAAACUCCCCUGAAUUCGAAGCACCACGUCAUUCAGGAACUGCCACUUGAUAACACCUUUGUGACCUGUGAUUCCAUCUCUAAAUGUUCCUCCAGCAGUUCCGAACCUUACAGUGUUUCUGAGUGCAGCUAUUCAGUGACAACUUUCAAAACUCCUGUGUCUGUACACACUAGACUGGACUCAAAAGAUGUAAACAUUGGCACGAAGGAGGCCCAAAACACAGAAACAGCAACAAGAUGCCUUUGCUUUUCUUCUGAGAUUUUUUGCUUAAACUACAAAUUGUGCAAGGUUGGAAAGAAGACUAAAUGAGCGAUUGUGAGCAACCUACAUACAACUUUGAUUUUGACAUUUUCUUGUACUUUUUGGAAUAUCAGAGGUUACCAUUGUAAAUUAAUGCUUCAGUGCUUGAAAGAGUUAAUGUAACUUCUAGAAGUGCUUAUUACACUCCCUGAGUGUAGUCUAUGCAUUAGGAGACUCUGGCUUAUUUUGUUGGUAAAAUGCACAUCUGCCACAGAGCAGGAUAAGGAUAAGAGCUGAUUAAAGGGAGUUUCGGUGACUCUGUUCCUUAGGAAAGUACUAUCAGAGCAAGUUUACUGAUUACAAAGUGCUUAGAGAUUAUAUUCAAAGUCCAACGUGCAAAUAAUCAUCCCUUCCCACAGUAUUUUAUAUGCUCAAAUUCUUCCCCCAUUACUUACAGCUGCCUUUUCUUUGCAGUUCGCUCAGUCCACUCAUCUCCGCUUCACUUUGGCAAUCUAGUUGGGUAGUUAAUAUCUAAUAUAUGUGACAUUGCUAGAAAAUGGAGGAGAUCAGGAUUUUAUAAUGGAUAUGAUAUUGUGAGGUUGCUGCUGUCAUUCAGAAUCUUUUGUCAUAAUUUGUUCAAAUCCACCAUAUUUGAGGGAUUGCCAUAUAUACUUCCUUUAAGUUACUGAUUCAACUACAGGUAAGUUACUCUUUAUACUUACUGUAGCUAAGUAAAAUAUACUAUUUUAAGAAUAUUCCUGAAGAAGAUUUUAAGAAUCUUCUUUGCAAAGAGAGAAGAGAGAGUACAUUUCAAAACUGUUACUGCUUGAAGUUAGGGGACAAGAUGGCAGAGGAAUAGGGGACCCUAUUUCAACUCGUCCGCUGAAUUGAGCAGGAUAUCUACCAGAGCACUCUGAACACCCAUGAAAUCAGCCUGAGAUGUAAGAUUAUACAUUAGUGGAUCUCUGUGGUGGCAGAGGAUCAUCAAUGGAGAAGUACAAAGGAGUUGGGAAUUCAUGGACAGAUAUCAGAGGACGAAGUUGUUAUUGCUUUUAGGUAGCAUUAAGUAUUUUGGAGAAUCAAGAGCUAACAGAUACAUGAAAAAUUGUUCAUCAUCAUUAAACAUCAGGGAAAUUAAAACCAAAACCACACUGAGAUACAACAUUAUACCAGUUAGAAUGGCAAAAAUUAACAAGACAGGAAACAACAAAUGUUGGAGAGGUUGUGGAGAAAGGGGAACCCUCUUACACUGUUGGUGGGAAUGCAAGUUGGUGCAGCUUUUUUGGAAAACAUUGUGGAGAUUCCUCAAAAACUUGAAAAUAGAGCUAUCCUAUGACCCUGCAAUUGCACUACUGAGUAUUUACCUCAAAGGUAUAGAUGUUGUGAAAAAAGGGCCAUAUGUACCCCCAAUGUUCAUAACAGCAAUGACCACAAUCACCAAACUGUGGAAAAAGCCAAGAUGCCCUCCAACAGAUGAAUGGAUAAAGAAGAUGUGGUCCAUAUAUACAAUGGAAUAUUACCCAGCCAUCAGAAAGGAUGAAUACCCAACUUGUAUCAACAUGACUGAGACUGGAAGAGAUUAUGCUAAGUGAAAUAAGUCAAGCAGAGAAAAUCAAUUAUCAUAUGGGUUCACUUACUUGUGAAACAUAAGGAAUAAUAUGAAGGACAUUAGGAGAAGGAAAGGAAAAGUGAAUUGGGGGAAAUCGGAGGGGGAGAUGAACCAUGAGAGACUGUGGACUCUGAGAAUCAA